GUAAGUCUACGUAUUCAUUUUUCCAAAUGGUUGGUUUUGAUGAUAAGUAUUAUCAGUACGAUAAUCGAUGGGCGCGCUCAAGCGAGAAUCCUUGCAUCAAACAAAGUUACAGGCUUCGAUAAGCCUAAAGGAGCGGUAAAAACCAUUGAGAGUUAUGAAACUGGUGAAGUGAUCGAUUGUGUUGACAUCUUCAAGCAACCCGCUUUUGAUCAUCCGCUUCUCAAGAAUCAUACCAUGCAGAUGAAACCAAGCUCAAAUCGAAAAGCGAAUGGAGCCGGAUAUGUGGAAGGUGCGUUUAGUCAAGCUUGGUGGAAAUAUGGUGAAUGCCCAGAAGGAACAAUUCCCAUCAAAAGACCACAAAAUCAUACCAAUCAUCAUGUUACACCAAUGAUUCCACACGUGAAGCGACUCAAUUUGAGCGGGAAUGACUUCAGUGCACCAUAUAGACAUGAAUAUGCUGUUGCAUUUAUGCAAGGUGGUAACUUGAUGGGAGGUCAUGCACGAUUUAGUGUGUGGAAUCCUACAGUAAUGGAUUCAGAAAUCAGUUUCUCUCAAAUUUGGCUCGGAUCAGGCCCCGAUGAGAAUGUGAACACUGUGGAGGCUGGAUGGAUGGUUAAUAGAAAACGGAGGAGUGAUAGCACGGAGGCAGAGAUUUUCAUAUAUUGGACAAGUGAUGGCUAUAAGAAAACCGGUUGCUACAAUCUCGAAUGCGACGGAUUCGUACAAACAAAUAAGAAGAUUGCUCUAGGUGGUUUGAUUCGACCAGUUUCCACCUAUGGUGGACAGCCAUAUGACCUAACUAUAGACAUUACGAAGAAUGAUUUUACCGGGUGGUGGUGGCUGCGCAUUCUGGACAUAGAAGUAGGAUACUGGCCCAGGGAAAUCUUCACUUAUUUGAAAGGCCCUGCCGAUCGAGUUAUUUGGGGCGGAGAGAUAGCUAGCAAUAAACCAGGUGGUAGUCAUACGGCAACACAAAUGGGGAGCGGCCAUUUCCCUUAUGAAGGCUUUGGAAAGGCGUCCUAUUUCCGCAAUCUUAAAGUCGUCGACGACAGAUUCAUUGAGAGAGACCCGGAGAAUCUCGGGAAGGGUGUGACAAGACCUGAAUGUUAUGACUUACUGCACAAUGCGGACUCGCCCGAUUUUGGAGUCAAUUUCUAUUAUGGGGGCCCCGGAUUUUCAACUCAGUGUGCAAAUUGGUGAACAUAUUAUAACAUGCUUCAUACCCUAAUAAAAAUGGCUCAGUCAAGUGUUUAGCAAUAAGUACACCGGUGCUUUUGAAGGAAGUAUUGCUAGAUGGUUUGAUAUACUUAAUGUUAUUAGAGUCACUUAUGACAUAUAUUGAU